CUAGCGUUCUUCGUCUGGUUUGUUGUUGAGAUUUUGAUUUGUUAAUCUUGUAAUUUUUAAGGUUAACUUUGAAUUUUGAAGCGGCGUUUGAGCAUUAAACAACGUAUUCCAAUUAAAGUGCUAAAAUUAUUUUAUUUUACAUACGGUUUGAUUUUGUGAGACAUCCUUUUGUAUUAACAGUCAAGAGGAAAUGGAAGGAAUAGAAGUGGCUCCAGUACCUAAAAGGAUUAUACCUAUUAAAGAAGAAAAGGAAAAAGAGAGUGAUGAAGGCAAACAAAGUGGAGAUGCAAACGUAGAUCCGAGUGCUCCAAUUCAAAAUAAAGGCAUCCUAACAUCAUUUGUAAAUGGCAAAAAGAUGGCAAUUCCUGAACAAGAUCUGUUUGGCCGAUGCAGAUUCGUAUCAGAGUUUGAAAAGUUAAACAGAAUUGGUGAAGGAACUUACGGAAUUGUUUAUCGUGCGUUGGAUACGAAGAACGACUGUGUGGUGGCUCUGAAGAAGGUCCGCAUGGAACACGAGAAAGACGGUUUACCUGUGAGUGGUCUGCGAGAAAUAUCAGUUCUUCUCAGCUGUCGACACGAGAACAUUGUUCAGCUGAAAGAAGUGGUUGUAGGCAGAAGCUUGGAAAGCAUAUUCCUGGCAAUGGAGUAUUGUGAGCAGGACCUGGCCAGUUUGCUGGACAACAUGAAGGCUCCUUUCUCCGAGUCACAGGUGAAAUGCAUCAUGAUCCAAGUGUUGCGCGGGCUGCGUUACUUACACCGCAACUUCAUCGUCCACAGGGAUCUUAAAGUAUCGAAUCUACUCAUGACUGAUAAAGGUUGUGUCAAAAUAGCGGACUUCGGAUUGGCUCGCUGGUUCGGACUGCCUGUGAGACCGAUGACGCCACGUGUAGUCACACUUUGGUAUCGUGCACCAGAGCUGUUGCUUCAAGCUCGAACUCAGACCACCAGUGUGGACAUGUGGGCAGCUGGGUGCAUUCUGGGUGAAUUGCUUGACCACAGACCACUUCUCCCUGGAAGAUCGGAGAUCGGACAGCUAGAGUUGAUAGUGGACCUUCUUGGUACGCCCAGUGAUGCCAUCUGGCCUGAGUACUCAUCCCUACCAGCACUUGCCAAUUUCACUCUGAAGCAGCAGCCAUAUAACAAUCUGAAGCAGCGGUUCCCAUGGCUCACACCAGCAGGGCUGCGUCUCCUCAACUUCCUCUUCAUGUACGAUCCUAAGAAGCGGGCUACAGCAGAAGAGUGUUUGCAGAGCUCUUACUUCAAGGAAGCACCUUUACCGUGUGAACCAAAGAUGAUGCCCACGUAUCCUCAGCAUCGCAACAUGAAAGCUGCUGCAGCCAAGAAUGCCAACAAUAUUAACCCUCCUCCGCCCCCUGUUGUGAGUGGUAUUGAUUUGGAGCCGGCCAACAACCUCAGUGAUUUGUUGAACCUGGGCAACCUUGUGAAGAGGAGAAAAAUCGACUAACCAUUUUAAUCUAUCAUGCUUACUACAUUGAUUGUAAAUACUGUUUUAUUUUUUUCAUAUUUUUAAUGUUACGUAUGUAUGCAAUGUAGAUCAAGCUUAACACAUAAAAAGCCAUCAAAAAGUAAAAUGAGUACUUUGAACAAUU